GACUGUCCCUCCCGCGCCGCCGUAGCCAUGAUAAACACUGACAAGCAGCUGUUCCCUCCGUAUUAUGUUUCCCAGUUCACGUGUGAGAUUGUGCUGUUCGACUCGUGCUCGGCUGCUGUAGAAGAGACGAACCCGUGUCACUAACCGAGAGCACGAUGGAGCCCGUCAUCACGAUCAGCCCCGGGGCGUCCAAGUGGGACAUUCGUCAGAGAGUGUGGGACUACAUCGAGGAGAAUAACCUGGCCAACUUCCCGAGGCCUGUUCACAACCGCAUCCCGAAUUUCAAGGGUGCAAGUCAAGCAUGCGACAGGCUUGCAGACCUGCAGGAGUUCAAGUCCAGCCAGACAGUGAAAAUAAACCCAGACACGCCCCAGAAGCAGGGGGCCUUCACAGCCUGUGCCAGGGUGUCUGAGCUGCAGGUGUUCACCCAGACACCUGAGGUGAAGGUGGAUCCCGAUAAACCUUUGGAGGGUGUCCGGCUGGCAGUGCUACAGGCCCAGAAAACUUUGCUGGUCCCGACUCCUCGUCUUCGUUCUGGUCUUUUCAAUAAGAUUACUCCUCCCCAGGGGGCCAGCAAAGAACAGCUACGCGUAUGCUCUUCCUCUCAGGGUGUGAAAGACUUCAGUGUGCCCGUUGACCUGGAUGCAAAGGUGAAGGUAGAUCUGGUGGUGGUCGGCUCUGUGGCAGUGUCAGAAAAAGGCCUUCGCAUUGGAAAAGGAGAGGGCUACGCUGACCUGGAAUAUGGCAUGAUGGCCUCAAUGGGAGCUGUGACCGAGUCAACUGUGGUGGUGACUGUUGUCCAUGACUGCCAGGUGUUGGACAUUCCAGAGGAGCUGAUGGAAAGUCAUGACCUGAGUGUGGACUACAUCCUCACACCCACCAGAGUUAUUAAAACGGACUGCCAGCUACCCAAGCCGCAGGGAAUCAUCUGGACUAAGCUGGACUCUGAAAAGCUGGAGAAGAUCCCCGUCCUGAAGAAGCUGCGUGCUCUGGAGGAACAGGGUGGAAAGGAUGUGACACUGGGGGCGGUGCCUCCUGCAUCAGAGCCUGGUCUUCAUGCCGAUCAGCCUAAAAGGCAAACCAGGAGGAGGCCAAAGCAGUACACUCAAAAGGAUGAUGAGGGAGACUCCAGACAGGAGAAAAGAGCUGAGGGAGAACAGAAACCGCGAAUGCGUCCAGCUAGAGUGAGGAAAGAAAGCAAAGGAGAUGGCAGGAGAGGUGAUGAGGGAGAAAUCAAUCAGAGAAGAGAGAGAAAAAGUGGAGGGAACAUGAAGGAAAAGGGCCCAGAGGAAGGGGGAAGUGAAGCUGCGUCUCAGCGUAAGCUCCCUCAGAGUGUAACCACAGUUUACCUGGGGGGAAUCCCUGCUGGGAUGCGUGUCAGUGAGCUGAAAACUGCCCUCAGAGAGAGGGAGGCGGCGCCGCUGAGGCUCACCUGGCAGGGAGCUCAACACCGGGCCUUCCUCGACUACAACGACCCUCAGGCUGCAGAGCUGGCCCUGGAGGCUCUGCAGGGCCUCAGUCUGGAUGGUCACAGCCUACAGGCUGAGCUGGCCAAGAGCCAACGGGGAGGCAGGAGAUCCGGACAGUCCAAUAGGAGGCCAAGACCACCAACGGCUCCGAUAUCUAAAAUGGCAUCAACCGAUACCAAGGGUGACGCAGUUGAAACGACUGAGCAGUCAGACCAAUAAUACCAAUAAUACCAAUACACAGGAAGUGUUACAGUCGGAGCAACCCUCAGCACCUUCAAGAGUGUUUAGUUGGAUUUUUAUUCUAGGUUUAUUUACAAGAGGACCUCCGUUAUAUGGCCCAUAGACAUCUAAAAAGACUGCAAAUGACAAUACAAUAUAUGAAUAAAAUAUGCAAUAGUAAUAUGUAAAUAUAUAACUGCUGAAUCGCAGCAUUAAAAAGCAUUUCACUAGAUAAGUAUUUUGUUCAUACAUUGAACACAGCUGUGUGCCUUGUUACACACACACACACACACACACACACACACACACACACACACACACACACACACACACACACACACACACACACACACACACACACACACACACACACACCUGGUCUGUGUCCCCCGAGAGCCGUCCUCCCUGAAGGUGCUUUUUGGACUAAUUCUUAGAGAAGGACUAUUUUUUUCCCCCGUUCAAAUCGCAGACUAUAAUUAGUCUUUUCCUUAAAAUAUAAGUGUUCAGUACAUAUUUUUUUUUCACAACCAGCUCAUAUAGUACGCGUUCCAAGCAGGUCCUUCUGUCAGAUCUGUUUGCUUGGUAUUGAACUUGAAAUACAUUUAAUUGAGGCCAUGGGCCAAAGAAGAACUGGUCACUUUUUUUUUGCAGGUAACGCCACCAUGUGGCCAUUUUCCACAAUUCAUAUAAUCCUGAUAAUGCAUAAUAAUAAAACUAAAAAUGUAUUUGUAUAACAUUUAUGUAUCCAUAUACACCACAGUUUGUGACCACAUAGUUUUACAUAAUUUAGACCUUUAAAAAAAUAUAUUUUCUAAAAAUUCUAGUUCCAUCCAAUCUUCACCAGAUUUGAAUCCUGAACUAACUGUGCAGUUUCAACCAAAUUUAGAGGAUGUGAAUUUUCAAGCAAUACUUAAGGCUUUCUCCAAAUUUGAUUUCAGAAAACAGCAAUAUAAUGCAUUUAAAUAGCCACAAUUAAAUUGUGAUGAUCCAAGUGCUGUUGGGAAAUGUGCUUUGAAAAACUUCAUCUUGCACAUUACACAUAAUUUUGGUAUUAUCUAAAAGGUUUGGUCUAUGCUUUCUACCUUCUGGUUAUUUUUCUGAAUAUUUUGAAAGUAGACCGUUUGAGUUGAAAACAGUGAAUUGUUCUAAUUGAUGACAUUCUGUCUGUUUAGUUACCAUUAGUUUGCAAAUGGUGCCACGGUCACCAUUUCAUAAAUAAGCGAUACGCGGAUGAAUUGUUUCAGUCUUUAUGUAUCUGUUUGUUAUACAUUUCACAGUAACACUCUAAUAAAGAGUUGACUGUA